AUGUAUCAACGCGUUUUACCGAAUGGCCGACGUGCCAGUAUCGUACCUGAAAACUGGAUCGUGGAUAGUGUCUUCCAACCAGGUGAAUUUGAAAAUUUAGUAUUUGGUGGUGGUGGCUAUAAAGGUAUCGCUUAUGUUGGUGCUUUAAAGUUAUUCUUCUCCUGCUUCUAUUUCCUAAAAGAUCAGAUAUUACAAAAGGUUGGCAUUUAUCAAGGAAUUAAGCGAUUUGCUGGCUCAAGUGCAGGAGCUAUGCUUGCAGCUUUACUCUCUGUUGGCUACGAUGUAGACGAUGUUGAAGAAUUUUUAUGCCAAGAUAUUAGAAAAAUUACCGAGGAUAAACAUACGUUUGGCAUUUUUAGUAUGUUACCUAAACUAUUACUGAAAUCUGGUUGGAACUCCGGUAAAAAAUUAGAGAAAUGGUUUCAGAAUGCUAUUGCUAAUGGGCCUAAAAUUAAAAGUAACUAUUCGCUGAAUCGAUGUCAACAAAUUACAUUUAAAGAGCUAUACGAUAUCGAUGGAACCGAACUAUGUAUAGUUGCAACCAAUCUCAAUUUUUUAUCUAUGGAAUAUUUUCAUCCUAAAACCACUCCUGAUUUUCCUAUUUAUAAAGCGGUUCGAAUGUCUAUGUCUAUACCAGGCUAUUAUGAGGCGGUUCGAGUUAAACAUCAUCGAGUUAAAAAUGAUGACUGUAUUAUACGAAAGAAGAAAAUACCUUGUUGUCUAUACUGCUGUAUAUGCUGCUCUAAUUGGGGUGAAGAUUCAGCUAAUUAUGAUUUGUAUAUUGAUGGUGGUGUUGGAUGUAAUUACCCUAUCCAUGUUUUCGAUGGGUGGUGGUUGUCCAUGGAUGAAAAAGAUCAUUUUGUCGAAAGAAUGCAACCAUUUACGGAUAUGGAUCGAUUUUACGAUGUUGAAGAUAGGUUUGGAAUGACACCUAAUCCUAAAACUUUAGGUUUGAUGCUUUAUUCUCCCUACCGUAAUGGAAUGUUUUGCAAAGUUUUAUCGACUCGAGAGAAAAAAUUAUUUGGAUCGUUAGCAGUUCCUAAGAAAUUUAUAUCUGAGCAUUCAAAAUUAAGUUUACGAGCUGAGAGUAUUCGCGACAAGAAAGAUAAAGCACUUGCCGCAUUUAGUGACAUUGUUCAGGUUUUGGAGCCUUGUAAAAUAAUUGUGGAUGGGACAACAUGUUACCCGCUUUAUGAAGCAAAAGAACUCAUUCGAAGAGAAAUUUGUAAAUAUAAUAUGAAGUUGAUUAUUAUGUAUACGUGGGUAGAUAUCAAUGUGAACCCUUAUAUUCUGUGUUUACAAAGCAACUUACAUUUCAAAAAUUUGUUACCAGUAUAUUUAAUUUUGACAUAUAAAGAUCAAGAGCAUUUCAUACGAUUAGUAUGUCCAGAAGGCCUUGAUAGUCUUUUAAAAAGACUUGAGGAUUGCCAAAUAGAAGGAAUGUUAUCCUUACGAUAUUUGCAAAAAAGCGUUUUGGAGCAAGAAAAUUUUAUCGAUUUAAAACAUGAUCAUCUUGGUUACUAUCGAACUGCAAUUAAAGGGCCAGCACAGUUUGCCAUAGCAACAAUAGAUACGUUAUUACUAAACGGUAGAAGUCGGUUUUUAAAGUCUAGUGACGUAAAUCGGUCGAUAGGUAUUAAUACCUCGUAUUUAAAAGCGACCAAUGGCAACUUAGCUAAGGAUGAUAAAGAAUUUCUUAAAGAGAAUGGUCAGCGGGGUAUAAUUGCUUUUUUGCAUUAUUACUUAAAAGAGAAAGGAAGAGUGCAACAAAAUAUUCGAACUUAUGGCAGAGUCAUUCAAAUCAUUGAUACCGAGGAUUUGAUUUAA